AUGAUGGACUAUGCAUCGUUCAGCAUACAGUACAACUCUCCUCCGCAUAUUCUUCAUUCGCUUCCCCCAACUGCAGCACGCAUGGCGGCCCCUUACUCGUCUACAUAUGCCGAGUUAGUGGCAGAUCUGACGCGAGAUGUGCAGAGGGCACAGCCACGUGAUGUCCUGCAAUACUGCGCCAAUUGGUUCAACUCGCGUUUGCAGGAACAACGUACUCGUAUUCGGGAUGCGUUUCAAGCUCAGGCAUUUGGGCGUCCUUCGGCUGCUGCGGGACUCACCGACGAGCUCUUUGUCGAUCGCGCGGUUCCCGCUCGCGGAAGUGUCCCUAAUGGGAGCAUGAGCAUCUCUUCGUCGGUCCGAUCUUCCCCCAUGCCCUCUCAUUCCCAACCUCACCCACAAGCCAUCCUCAGCCUCCCCAGCCCCAUACACAGACUACUCCUCAGCCUUCGAUUCACCAGCACGCGCCACAGCCCAAUCCAUUUGCUCUCUCGAGCGGAAGUGCAUUCUCGCUGGUUCCUGGUGCUCGUCUCGCAGACCCCUUUGCACCUAGCGCAUCUCCUCGCCCCCGCCCUGGUCAACGUGCAGUCACUCCAUCGCGUCACAACACUAUCCAUGAGGAAGAAGAGCCCCCGACGCCUAGCUCUCCUGCUGCCCCCGCUCCAACUGGUUCUCCCGCAUUCCUCGCUCCUCCUCCCAGUGCACUCGGCCGUCGAGUUAGCCUACCCCAAGUCGACUGAACAGCUCCAACGCAUCAAGGCAUCUAUCGCCAAUGCUUUCCUAUUCCGUAACCUGGAUACUGAACAAGAGAAGGCCGUCCUAGGUGCCAUGCAGGAACGUCAUGUUUCCGCCGGUGAACGUGUGAUUGAGCAAGGCGCGGAUGAUAACGAGGGUGGUGUCGGAGACGAGGUUCACCCCACUUAUGGACGCAAGGUUUUGACUUAUACGACUGGCGGCACGUUUGGUGAACUCGCACUGAUGUAUAACGCUCCUCGUGCGGCUACCAUUGUUGCUAUCGAACCCAGCACUCUCUGGGCACUUGACCGAAUGAGUUUCCGUUCGAUUAUUCUAAGCGUGGCGAACCGAAAACGGAAGAUGUACGAGCGCUUCUUGGCCACCGUUCCUUUGCUAGAGACCCUCGAUGCGAGCGAACGCAGUAGGAUCGCUGAUGUGCUCGAGCCUAGGACUUACAAUGAGGGCGACUCGGUGUGGAGGAAGCGCGUCAAGGGAGAAGACGGUGAAUUAAGGGAUGAUGUGGUUAUGAAGUACGGUCCUGGAGACUUCUUCGGUGAACUCGCGCUCCUUCAUCGUGCUCCUCGCGCUGCCACGGUCCGUGCCUCGGUAACCGGAGACAACAACGGAGAACCCAACAAGCUCAAAGUCGCGGUCCUCGACGCCAAGCGUUCACCCGUCUUCUCGGAACCUCAAGUCUUUGCUUGA